GCUCUGGAGCCUCCUCGACCACACCCUGCUGGCUCGCUGCAACAUGGAGGAGUCGGUCCGCAGCGUCUCCUUCAACAACGACGGCUCUCAGCUGGCUCUGGGCAUGAAGGACGGAUCCUUCACCGUGCUGCGUGUCAGGGACAUGACGGAGGUGGUGCACAUCAAGGACAGGAAGGAGGUGAUCCACGAGCUGAAGUUCUCCCCCGACGGCUCCUUCCUGGCGGUGGGGUCUAACGACGGGCUAGUGGACGUGUACGCCGUGGCGCAGCGCUACAAGAAGGUGGGCGAGUGCAGCCGCUCCGCCUCCUUCAUCACGCACCUGGACUGGGCUGUGGAUAGCCGCUUCCUGAUGACCAACGACGGGGCCGGGGAGCGGCUCUUCUACAGGAUGCCAGCAGGGAAGCUGGUCCCCAGAGAGGAGGCGAAGGGGAUCCAUUGGAUGACAUGGACCGGCGUCAUCGGGCUGGAGGUGAACGGGAUCUGGCCCAAAUACUCCACGGUCAGCAACGUGAACUCUGUGGACGCAAACUACAGCAGCGCGGCGCUGGUGACGGGAGACGACCUGGGCCUCGUCAAGCUCUUCAGGUUCCCCUGCCUCAAGAAAGGAGCUAAAUUUAAGAAGUACAUUGGUCACUCGGCCCAUGUAACGAACGUGCGCUGGUCCAACGACCUGCAGUGGGUGGUCAGCACCGGGGGGGCCGACCACGCCGUGUUCCAGUGGAGGUUCCUGCCCGAGGGCGUGAUGAACGGCGUGCUGGAGCCCCUGCUGCAAGAGGGCUACGCCGACUCCAAUAGCGGAGAGUCGGACUCGGACGUGUCGGACGUCCCGGAGCUCGACUCGGACAUCGAGCAGGAAGCUCAGACCAGCUACGAACGUCAGGUGUAUAAGGAGGACCUACCUCAGCUGAGGAAGAAGCUGAUUGGUUCUCUGAAGCGCCAGAAGGCUCCGGAGGAGGGGCUUCGUCUGCAGUUUGUUCACGGGUACCGGGGCUUUGACUGCAGGAACAACCUGUUCUACAGCCAGACAGGGGAGCUGCUGUUCCACGUGGCUGCGGUCGCUGUGGUGUACGACCGCCUGAAGCACAGCCAGAGGUUCUACCUGGGCCACGACGAGGACAUCCUCUGCCUCACCACGCACCCCAUCAAGGACUACGCUGCCUCCGCUCAGGUGGGCAGAGACCCGGCGGUCCAUGUGUGGGACAUCCAGACUCUGAAGUGUCUGUCGCUGCUGAAGGGUCAUCACAGCAGGGGUGUGUGUGCUCUGGAGUUCACAGCGGACGGGAAGAGUUUGGUCUCGGUGGGAAUUGAUGAAUUUCACUCCAUCGUCAUCUGGGACUGGAAGAAAGGAGAGAGACUAGCCAAGGCCAGGGGUCACAAAGAGAAGACGUUCGUGGUGAGGAGCAACCCGUUCAGGAUGGACAAGCUUGUGACGGUCGGCAUAAAGCACAUCAAGUUCUGGCAGCACUCAGGGGGCGGCCUCACGUUUAAACGGGGGAUCUUUGGGAACCUGGGGAAGCAGGAGACGAUGAUGUCGGCGUGUUACGGUCGAUCGGAGGACCUGGUGUUCUCGGGAGCGACCAAUGGAGACGUCUACAUCUGGAGAGACACCACGCUCAUCAAGACCAUCAAAGCGCACGACGGGCCCGUGUUCGCCAUGUGUUCCCUGGACAAGGGCUUUGUGACGGGGGGGAAGGACGGCAUCGUGGAGCUGUGGGACGACAUGUUCGAGAGAUGUCUGAAGACGUACGCCAUCAAGAGGGCCGCGCUGUCCCCCGCCUCCAAAGGUCUGCUGCUGGAGGACAACCCCUCCAUCAGAGCCAUCACUCUGGGUCACGGUCACAUCCUGCUGGGCACCAAGAAUGGAGAGAUCCUGGAGAUCGAUAAGAGCGGCCCGAUGACCCUCCUGCUGCAGGGUCACAUGGAGGGGGAGGUGUGGGGUCUGGCGGCUCAUCCUCUACUUCCUGUCUGCGCCACCGUCAGCGACGACAAAACCCUGAGGAUCUGGGAGCUGUCGGCCAAUCAUCGCAUGGUGGCCGUCCGCAAACUGAAGAAGGGAGGUCGCUGCUGCGCCUUCUCUCCGGACGGGAAGGCGCUGGCAGUGGGUCUGAGCGACGGAAGCUUCCUGGUGGUGAACGCUGACACGCUGGAGGACAUGGUGACCUUCCACCACCGCAGGGAGCUCAUCUCGGACAUCCGCUUCUCCCAAGACUCCGGGAAGUACCUGGCCGUGGCGUCACACGACUCCUUCGUGGACAUCUACAACGUUCUGACCAGCAAGAGGGUGGGAAUCUGCAAAGGAGCGGGAAGCUACAUCACACACAUCGACUGGGACUCCAGAGGUAAGCUGCUGCAGGUGAACACAGGAAACAAAGAGCAGCUGUUCUUCGAGGCACCGCGAGGCCGGAAGCAGAGCAUCAGCGUGGCCGAG